AUGCCGGGACUGAGCUUCGACAAGGAAUUCUGGAAGGUCGCUGGCCCCAUCAUUGCCUUUAGACCACCGGGCCAAGCUAAGAAUGCGCUUCAACUUCGCGAGAGCACCAACGCGGGGCUUGGCUUGUUCGCAAAGGGUUCUAUGCCCGACGACAUCGUCGAGACCAAGCACCAGAUCACCUCGUUCGACGGCGAGCAGAUCGCGGUGCACCAAUUCGCGAACAAAAACGCAGACACCAGCGUCAAGCACCCGGCUUUCGUCUACGUCCACGGGGGCGGGCUAGUGGGAGGACCGGUCGAUCCGUGCAGUCGUCUGCUGGCCGCAGGGUGUGCCGACCUUACCGGCGUUCAGAUGUUCGCGGUCGAGUAUCGGCUGGCGCCGGAGUUUCCGUACCCGACGCCCGUGGAGGACUGCUACGCGGCGUUGAAGUGGCUCAGUGAGAACGCGGAGGAGCUCAACAUAGACCCGGCGCGUCUUGGUUUCUACGCUCUGAGCGCCGGCGGCGGACUCGCAGUGGGAGCGGCGAUGAUGGCGCGCGAUCGAGGUCUGUCGCCGCCUCUGGCGAAGCAGAUGCUGAUAUACCCCAUGCUGGACGACAGGACGAAGGUCGAGGCCGAUAACCCGCUGUCGCAGUUUCUGACGUGGACGAGCCGGGCGAACCAGAUUGGAUGGAACGCGUACCUCGAAGGAAGGUCAGGGGAGGCCGAUAUCUCAGAGUAUGCAGCUCCAGCGAGGGCGGCAAACGUGGAAGGACUGCCGAGCACCUAUAUUGACGUUGGUGGGCUGGACUUAUUCUGCGCUGAGUCUGUUACGUUUGCGAGGAGGCUUGUGGCAGCCAAUGUCCAGACGGAGUUGCAUGUUUAUCCUGGCCUUCCUCACAUCUUCGACCUCUACGCGGCAAAUAUCGAGGGUACACAGCGAGCGAAAGACAACAGGGUGAAGGCAGCAAGAAGUCUGUGA